GGCCGAAUGGCUAUUUUCCGGUUAUAUAAAAACAGAAGUCCUCUGCAGAAACUGCUGAGUUUUUGCCUCCUCUGCUUCUUGUUUUAUUUUCUUUUGAACUUUCGGUUGUGAGCGCAGGUUUUGGUUUGUCUGAUGAACAAUAUAGCUCAGUUAUCUCGCGUUUGCGUUGGCGUGCUCUGGUAAAAGGAAGGAUUGUUUCACCAAAACAUUAAAAAAUAUAUAUAUAUACUACUUGUGUUCCUUUUCUUUCUUUCGCUUUUUGUUGCUUCAACUCAACUGAAUCCUUGAACUUUACUUUCUCAAAUGGAUGGACAACUUCCUGUUCUUGAAUUUGUAUUAAUGGAAAUGGGCAUGUAAUUUUGUGUGAAAAAGAAAUUUGAGGAGUUUUUUUAUCAAGGAAAUUUGCAGAGGACUCUUGACAAUGGAUGGUAAUCUUUUAUCAGACAUUCAAGAACCUAGCAUCGACACGGAUAAGUUGAGCUACGAGAUAUUUUCAAUCUUGGAAAGCAAGUUUCUGUUUGGUUACGACGAUCAAAAGGUUUGGCUUCCCAAACAGAUAUCCUCGACGCCUUUGGAGGCCAAAACCGACACCUUAAACACGCAACAAAGUUCUGAAUUAAACGGCAUCUCCUCUGUCAAAAACCAGCGAGGAAAAAUUUGUAUACUCAGCAUUGACGGAGGCGGCAUGCGUGGCAUUCUUCCCGGUAAGGCUUUAGCUUAUCUUGAACACGCGCUCAAGUCCAGGUCCGGCAAUCCAAACGCCAGAAUCGCCGAUUAUUUCGACGUUGCGGCCGGUACUGGCGUGGGCGGUAUCUUCACGGCCAUGCUAUUCGCCACCAACGACAACAGUCGCCCGAUUUUCAAAGCUGAAGACACGUGGCAGUUUCUUGCCAACCAGGGCAAAAGAAUUUACCGGUCAUCCUCUGGUUCUAAUUCUGGAUAUUUUAUUACACGAAUGUUUAGAGGCGGUUCAACUUCCUGUUCGGCCUCCGCCGGUAUGGAGAAAGCCAUGAAAGAGAUGUUCAUUGAUAACGGCCGUGACUUAACUCUAAGGGAUACGUUAAAACCGGUUCUCAUCCCGUGUUAUGAUCUUUCCAGUACGGCGCCGUUCUUAUUUUCCAGAGCGGACGCGCUCGAAACCGAGAGUUUUGAUUUCAGACUUUGGGAAGUAUGCAACGCCACGUCGGCUGAACCAGGCUUGUUCGAGCCGGUUUUAAUGCGGUCCGUUGAUGGCCAGACGAGGUGUGUUGCGGUUGACGGCAGUUUAGCCAUGAGCAACCCAACGGCGGCGGCGAUCACGCACGUGUUACACAAUAAACAAGAGUUUCCAUUCGUGCGAGGCGUAGAGGACCUGCUGGUGUUAUCAUUGGGCAUGGGUCAGCUCCUUGAUGUUAGUUACGACUAUGAUCAGGUCAAGUAUUGGAAGGUCAAAGAUUGGUCUAGACCCAUGGCUCGAAUUUCUGGUGAUGGCUUGGCGGACUCGGUGGACCAGGCUGUGGCCAUGGCGUUUAGCCAGUCUACCAGCAGUGGUAAUUACGUUCGUAUUCAGGCAAAUGCGUCUAAUGUAGCCCGGUGUGGAUCCAAUGUUGAUACAGACCCUAGUCCCAGCAACGUAAAUAUGCUGAUGGGAAUAGCAGAGGAACUGCUGAAGCAGAAAAAUGUUGAAUCAGUGCUCUUUGGAGGUAAAAGGAUUGCUGAGCAAAGCAAUUUUGAAAAACUCGAUUGGUUCGCCAAUGAACUUGUGCUUGAGCAUCAGAGGAGGAGUUGCAGAAUAGCUCCCACUGUUGCUUUGAAGCAAGCCAGUCCCAAACCCACCUAGAAUUUAUUGCAGAAGUGAAUUCUGUCUUUGAAUUGCAGGGUAAAAAAAAAAAAAGAAAGAAAAAAGUUGAAGAAGAAAAAGUAAAAAUAUAGCAGCUUUUACUAUUGAAAGAGAUGAUAGACAGAGAAGAAGAGUUCCAAGAGUUGGGUGAAAAGGACAGGUAGUAAUGUAAAAAGGGGGAAAGAUCUGAGUGGGAUACUUUGGCUGGCAUAGGACAAGCAUGGUGGUGUCCACUUAUUCACCUUUUGAGAAUGGCAAAGAAGCAAGAAACAAAAGCAAAGUUAUUCAAGUUGAUCAAUCAGCUUUUAAAGGUCAAACAAACAAAUACCCAGGUCAGGUGUGACUUUUAAUUUAUCAUUUCAAUUCAACCAUGCAUUAUUUUUAGGGUGGGAAAUAAUUGAAUUAAACUGUUUCUAUUACUUCCCAUUCCCUACCUUUUUUUUCUUUUUCUUUCUUUCAUAAUUCAGUUGGAUAAUGAAAAAAUUAUUUAAAAGUUGUUUGGAAGAGGGGUUCUUUUUGUUCCCUUGAAUUUAGAAAAUGUGGCUAUAAUUUAUGCAAAAUGGCCGGUAUUGGAGAUUGAGGUGUGGUGUAUGUACUGUAUACAAAAAAUUCGUUUUUUGUAAUUUGAAAUUGAAGCCCCAUUGUAAUUGGGUUGAAAUUGGAAUUGAAAUUAUUUGAAAAUA